ACGCCCCUUUUCAUUUCCAAUUUGCCCAUCCUUCUCCAUCCUUCAACAAUAAUGGUAAUUUCAAAAUCACAAUCUGCCUCUGGGUUGGCCCCCUUUCUUCCCAAUUGGGCCCCAAUCCUUCCUCCCACUCAUUUUCCCCCCAUGGCAAUUUCAAAAUCACAAUUGCCUAUUCGAAUUGACCCCUCUCCAAUUUGGCCCCAAUCCUUCUCCAACUCAUUUUCCCCACGGCAUUUUCCAAAUCACAAUUGCCCAUCCACAUUUCGAGUUGCCCUCUCUCUUCUCAAUUGGCCCCAAUCCUUCCCCCACUCAUUUUCCCCCAUGCCAAUUUCCAAUUCACAAUUGACCCCCAUCCCUCUUCCACUUCCGAUUUGCCCCUUCUUUCCUCCAUCAACACUCCCCCAUGACAAUUUCUAAACCAAAGUUGCACUACCAUCCUUUACCCGCAAUCGACAAUUUCAUUCACCCAUACAUAUUCUCUCAUCAAAUGGCAAUUUACAAAAUGCAAUUCUUUGUUUUUUUUCAGUUCGUUCAUUAUUUUUUUACACCAUUUUACUUAAUCACUUUAAAUAUGUGUAUUUCUUUGAGUAAAAAACUUUCAUUUCUAUACAUACUACGACUAUGUCCUCUUUUUUUUAUAGAUUGGUUUUCACUUUCGAUGUUAUUAAUUUUUGAAGAACAAACUUUACGUUUAUUGCGUGUUUAUAUUUUUUUGUCAAGGUCGCUAUCAAAUUUUGCUGAUCGUUUUUAUUUUUGUUGUGUAUAUUUUUAGUAAAUAUUGUAAAAUUAAACUAAAAAUUAUUUAUUUUUGUCAACUUAGUGGAUAAUGUACAAAUAUAGGCUUUAAAAUUAAUUCUUUUUUUGCUUUGUUGAGUUUUAUGUUUUCAUAUAAUAUUUACUUUGAAUAUUUAAUUGUAAUAGUUGAAAAUUAAGUCAAUGACUAAAUUUUUUAAUAAUGUUCUCAACGUUUCAAUUAACUAUACUAAAUUGUUAUUAUACUUUCUUCAGAAAUUUAAUAAGAAGAUUAUUUUGGAGUGAAAAUGUAUUAUAGAAGCAUGGAAACAUUAUGUGCACAGCAUGUAAUUGAA